GUACAGACACAAGUACGCCUUGCGAAAAAAAAUUUUGACAAAUUGAAGAUGGAUGUGUGUCAAAAAGUGGAUCUUCUUGGAGCGAGUAGAUGCAAUCUCUUGUCUCACAUGCUGGCAACAUACCAGACUACUCUGCUUCAUUUUUGGGAGAAAACUUCUCACACUAUGGCAGCCAUCCAUGAGAGCUUCAAAGGUUACCAACCAUAUGAAUUCACUACACUAAAGAGCUUACAAGACCCUAUGAAAAAACUAAUUGAGAAAGAAGAAAAGAAGAAGCUCACCAGGAAGGAAAGCACAGAGCCGGCAGUACAAGAGCUGAGUCAGUUAAUUUCAUUAGAGGAGGAAAACCAACCAAAGGAAUUCUCCAGUUUUAACACUGAAGAUGGAAAAAGUAUUUUGUCUGCCAUAGACAAAAGCACUACACAUAAUGCAUGUUCAGGACCUAUGGAUGAAUUGUUGGACGUGAAACCUGAGGAAGGUGCUUGCCUGGACCCAGUGGCAGGGACCCCAGAACCUGAAGGUGCUGACAAGGAUGACCUGCUAUUGUUGAGUGAGAUCUUCAACGCUUCUUCUCUAGAAGAGGGGUUCAGCAAAGAGUGGGCUGCAGUGUUUGGAGACAGUCGGCUGAAGGAGCCAGUGCCGUCUGGAGCCCUGGGAGAGCCAGACCCCAAACCCCAGACAGGCUCUGGAUUCCUUCCCUCACAGCUUUUAGACCAAAAUAUGAAAGACUUACAAGCCUCGCUACAAGAACCUGCCAAGGCUGCCUCGGACCUGACUGCCUGGUUCAGCCUCUUUGCUGACCUCGACCCCCUGUCAAAUCCUGAUGCUGUUGGGAAAACUGAUAAAGAACAUGAAUUGCUCAAUGCAUAAGUCUGCAGCCUUUAGGCGGGAGCUCUUAUGGCAGCUCUGCAGCACCUCACCUGAGGCUAGCAGAAGUAUAGUGUGAUCAGUAUGCUGUUUUAAUAUU